CUUCCCCCGGGCGCCGGGGCGGUGCCGGGCCUGGGGAGGGACCGGCGGCGGCGCCGGGAACGCAGGCGUAAGGGGCAGGGAGUAGUGCGGCCCCCCCUGCCCGGCUGCGAGGCGAUGCGGGCCGCGUAAACGGGCCGAGACUUCAGUGAUACAGGAUGCUGUUUGCUUUGGUAUUGUGUGCAGUUGUGCUAAUAGGGAGUGGUAAAGUUCAAAAUGAUGAAUGGAUUGACCCCACGGAUAUGCUCAAUUACGAUGCUGCAUCAGGAACAAUGAGAAGACCUUACAAGGCAAACUAUCACGACUCUGAGGAUAAGACUGUGGAUACAGUCAGUACUGAAAUCUUAUCAAGUUGUUCCAGGGAAGUAGAUUCCUUGCAACAGAAGAUUGCAGAUUGUGAGAAGAGGAAUGCCAAAUCACGUGAAAGUCGUAGCUUUUAUAUUUUUAAGCGAUACUUGAAUAAGAUUUUAAAUGAAGCUGGAAAACUUGGCCUUCCUGAGGAAGACAUGGGCCACGUCCAUUAUGAUGCUGAGAUCAUCCUUACAAAACAGACGUAUUUGGAGAUCCUCAGGUUUCUCAAUGAGGAAACUUGGCAGUCAGGUGCCGUGGAUGAUGCACUUAGUGAUAUUUUGAUCAAUUUUAAGCACCAUGAUUACAAAGCUUGGCACUGGAGAUUUGAAGACACUUUUGGAAUUGACCUAUAUAAUAUGCUUCUGAUACUCUUGUGCUUAGUGUGCAUUGUGACUGUAAUAGCUACAGAGCUCUGGACACAUAUUCAUUGGUUUGUUCAGCUAAAACGUGUUCUAUUAAUAAGUUUUUUCAUCAGUUUUGCAUGGAAUUGGCUUUACUUGUAUAAGCUGGCCUUUGCGCAGCAUCAAGCAGAAAUUGCGAAAAUGGGGCAGUUUGAUAAUGUCUGUGCUGAGAAGUUGGACUGGGGAGAAAGUCUUAUUGAAUGGCUCAGAAGUAAAUGGACAUUUCAGGAUGAUCCCUGUCAGAAGUACUAUGAAACUCUACUAGUAAAUCCUGUUUUGCUGGUUCCACCGACAAAGGCAUUGGCAAUUACUUUCACCAACUUUGUAACUGAGCCUUUGAAGCACAUAGGACAAGGUAUUGGUGAAUUCAUCAAAGCACUAAUGAAGGAGAUACCAUUCAUUCUGCAGGUUCCAGUGCUUAUUAUGAUGGCUCUGGCUGUCCUGGCUUUCUGCUAUGGUGCAGGAUCAUCAGUGUCUGUGUUAAGAUACUUAACAUCUUCUCAGAAGAAAAGUCUUCCUCCACCCAACAGUCAACAGGAGAAAAUAGCCUUUGGGCAAUAUGAUGGGAGUAAAUCAGAUGGCUAUUAUUUGCAGAAGCUUCCUUAUGUUUAUGGAGGACCUUACGACAGAGGAGAUGCUCCUGUGAGACCAGGAAAUGGCAGAAGUCCUAACAUUGUGCAUACAAGCCAGGAGCCAGAUACGCAAGUAGAAGAGUCUCACAAACCCGAACCUGGUAAUAGAUUGCACACUGAGUCAGAAGUUUGUAGACUAGAAACUAUCACAGCUGAAAACCUUACUGAAGAACAUGCACUUGAGCAGCAGAAACAGGAGACGGGCAAAGCAGAGCGAGAGACUGGAGAAAAUUGUGAUCCUAAUAAAAACCUAGACGGGAAAAGUUCUGCAGUGGAACCACGUGAAGAGAAGAAAAAGAGCAGUUCAUGUGACUCAGAGGAAGGACACUAAGGAAGGCCCAAGCUCUGCUGUGGAGUAGAGGAUGUUGCCACUGAAGCAGCUGAGAGUCUGUUCUUCUCCUGGAAGUAGCAUCUCUGAUCAUCCAUCCUGUUACUCUGGAAUCGACUCAGCAGAUCAAAGAACCCUUCAUCUGCCAUAGUCUCUCGACUGUUUUUCUGAAGAGGAGAGAAGAGUUAGGUACUCUCGAGUUCAAAAUACCCCUAAAACUAGGACAACUGCACCGCAGUUUCAUUCCAGUAAUAUGUUUGGUAUUUGCAUAUCUGAAAUCCAUUAAAAAAAUUCAUGUAGUCAUCCAUAUCUAUAGACAUAUUUACUGUAAGAGGAAAUGCUAAUAAUAAGGCAAGCAUUUUUGGAAGGUAAAAUGCAUUACAAAUGUUUCAUUCUCUGAAACAGAAAGAAACAGUACUCUGAUCAGUAAAACUGGAGUUACUACUCCUCAGCCAUGAAUCCACCAAAACCCCAAAUGCCCAUGAAAGAAAAAAACCAAGAACAGCAAGGAACAGUUUCCAUUGUCUCUUCAGGUCUAUGGUCAAAAGCACUCAUCUCUCAUCUAGAUCAAAUGACUCAGCUCUUCUAUUUUUACCUGACAUCUGCCAAGAGUGCAAUAACCUAAAAAAUAUGUCAAAAAUAUCUCCCACUGUCUGAAUUGGAAAAACUUGAUUUUUUAAAGUUUGGAGAAGCAGGGUCUAGAAGAGACUAGGAAUAAAAUAUAUGUGCAAGCUGAGCUGUAACUUUAGAAAAUCCACCAGGAAAAAAGAAUGUUCCAGUAGUAGGAAAAGCUUAAAGCUGGCACCACCCACGAGACAGAUUCUGCCUUGUUUUACAGAGCCACAGCAUUUAAAUCAAGUAAAGCUGAAGCAGACAGCUGCAGGAAUGUGUUUUCCAUCGUUUUGAUCAGACAAAGAUUAAUAAAGGCUAUGAUUUCCACAGCUCGCCAAACCUACCCUCUGAGAGUUUGGAAGUCGAUGAUCAAUAGAAUUACUGGCAUCCUGCAAAACUUUGGAAGCGGUGCCAUUUUUGUACUUUUUGCCUUUUAGUCGAUUUACAAAAUGCAGUUUUGCUGAAGGUUUGGCAACCAGUGGUUUCUGUUUAGCAAGAAUCUCACUGUUCCAGUUCUGAACCUAAGAAAACAAGAGUCAUGAAAUUAAGCCUUCUGAUUUUAAUUACCCAUGCUGUUACAUCUUAUUUGCUGCUGCUCUUCCUCCCCAAAUUGAAGCACGUUUUACAUUAUUUAGUUUACCCAACCAUGAGGAUGCGAAAACUUAAGUUUUGGUUCUAUUAGUUGACCUGUGAUUAUUUAGCUCUUGUCACCUGAAACAGGUUAGUACUGUUACUGGUAAGUCUUACAACUGAACUGUAGUGUGACACCUGGUUGAUUAAAAUGUGGUCAAAUAGUAUAUUUAAUCAAACACACUGAAGUUUUCCUUGCUGACUGAAGUGCAGGAAAUGUAGUUAAUGUGAAUGCUAAAAUGCAGACGCAGGUGGCAUUUUCUACCUGACUUUCUUACAAUUGGAAAGAAAAAAAAAUUUUAAAAAUCCCUAGUUUUACAAAACAUUAGAGCAAAACAAACCCUUAUACAAAUCCAGGCUCAGCCAGCCUUCUAUGAAGUCCUUGAUACACACAAAAUUCCCAGUAAGGAUUGAAAAGGAAAAGGGAGAAGAAUGCCAGCACAAGAGCAAACAGGAAUAACCACCUCAUUUCACUGAAAAACAGAAUGGAUAGCUUUAUCAACCUGACAGAUUUUCCCUAAAUUCUCUUCUAAAACAAAGAGAAUUAUCCACAAAAUCAACAGCUUUAUCUACAACUGACAAACUCUUACAAUGACUGAAUCAAAACCCCUUUUUUUUGAUUCAACACCAGAAAUUGUGAACACAGUCACAAAUCUUUUAGCAACACUGCCUACCCAAAUGGAUUGCCUUUUAAAAGCUUAUUGAAGCUCAGCACACAGAUUCCAACUCGCAGAAGAUGGAAGAUGGCAUCCUGUACAAUGAACCCAUAAUACUAGUGUCAUACAUUGUUCUGUGUAUCAAAGACAUUUAUGGAAUGAAUUUUCAGAAUCUACUAAAUGAGCAUCUUGAAAAAAGCCCUUUAUAAAAGCUAAGCUGCAAUACUAGGUUAAUACUUUAUUAGAAAAUCCACAUGAAACAUUUUAGCAUAUUUAGGGCACAGACUAUCACAGGCUAUGUAUUUUGAAAGAUACCACAGAUAGAGAGAGAGAGAGAGUAAGAAAAUACAGCCGAUACUGGCCAAAAGCUUAGAGGUUCCCUGUAGAGAAAUCACCCCGGACUAAACCCAAGAUCUUUUUAAAUCAGUACACAAAGAGGCUCUUGAGCAUCAGUGCUAACUUCAGCUGCACCAGCUGUCCAGAUGUAAGCUUUGAGAUUUAAUUUCCUAUUUGAUAAACAUGAGGGCAGGCUUUGCAUCACUUGAAGAGAUGGGAAUUAGUUAUCCCAGUAUCUAGAACCACUGGGAUACUAAGGGAAAAAUAGCAAUUUCAGUCUGCCACUGGAGUCAUUUAUGUAGAACUGCCAGCCCACCGUUUAAAGGCAGACAGAAUUUGAAGGAAAUCUCUCAAAGAUUGACACAAGGAUUUUAAUCAGUAACUCCCAGCCCCAAGGGGUUUCUCUGAGCCUGGGGGGAAGUGACUUUACCUAUCUGCGACUCAGUUCCAACAUUUCAGAAAUAGCAUCCUUACUUAAGAUGUAUGUUGAAACUCCUAAUGGCUUGCAAGUUGGUUGAAAUCCCAAAGUGAAAAACAUGACAUGUAUUUUAAGUGCCUAUAAAAUGACUGUAGCCAAAGAAAAAAAUGUUCAGAACAGCUGAGCUAAAGCUUAGGAAUUUACUCCAAACUGCUUUCAUGCUGCACCCUCAAACCACUUUUAAAGAGGAGAUGAAAGGAAUUCUUUUGAUGCACACUACAGGACCCCAUUCUUACUUGUGAAGGGAAUAAAGCAAGCUUUCCACAAGCCGUUACAGCCAUUACAUAUGGAAGAUGCUGACUGUUACCUACACAACAAAAGUAUUAUUUGUUAGAAUUGUUAGACCUGCUUUUACCUAAGAUCAACUACAUUAAAAAAAAACGGGAUGCGAUGACACAUCAA